AUGUCAGGCAUGGAGGACAUCCUCUCACGCCUCAAACUCAAUGACUCUCGCAAGCCCACUCUGUCGAAUGCUUCCGCAGAGCUAAAACUUCAGAAGGCUGAUUUUGGCACCUUUGACAAGCUUUUGAACAAUCCCCAAGAUCAGAACAAAGCUGUGAAGAAACAAGAGAAGGAACUACGCGUUGAGUCAGAAUGUGAGAAUCACCAAGACGGCGGUCGCACCACUGGUUCUGGUCCUUGUACUCCGGCAAAUAACCAUUCGGACACGACAAAGUCUAGCUCUCAGGCCUCAGCUAGUGUCAAGGUAGACGUUGCGGAGAUGAUGCGUGUCAAGCAGGAGCUGGAGGCCGCCAAAUCAGUCAUCUCACGCCAGGAGCAGGAACUUGCUGAGACACGCAAUCUCAAGCAAACCAUGGAUCAGGCAAUGGGUCCUCCUUCUGAAGUUGACUAUGGAGCUCCUAAUGACAUAUCCGAACACAGAAUCGGUCAUCUGCAGAGCGCGUUCCACGCAUUUGCGCGUCCGUUCACAUCACGAAACGAAACUUGGGUCGCUCCAGAUGAGCCACGCGUGGAUCAAGCCGACGGCCUUCCGACUACCAACUUUGCUGACGGUCGAGGUAUCUGGAAUAAUGCCAAUGCACCCAUGACCAGCCUUCUGGCUGCCAAUGCUCCCAGUACGAUGUAUGUUAACCCUCGAGAUGCUCGGCUCCCCGGUCAAGCCUACAACGGUGCCUAUGGUGCUACCCUUUCCCCCGCUGAAGCAAAUUUCCAGCCGCGUCACUUCUCAGGCAGCACUGCUCCUAUUGGUUACGAUAUCAGACCAAACAACGAGAUGGCGCAAUACGAUCCUUCGGUCGGAAUGAGACGCAAUGGUGGACAGCCGCGAAUCAAUUCUACUCUCACUGACCGUUUGGCCCAAUAUGGCAGCCACCCCCCAAGCGCAUCCACCCUGACACCGCCGCCAAUAAGUCCCGUGGGACUUCCCGGACAAUUCCAUUAUCAGAGUGGUCUUGCGACACCAAUAACAUCGGCCGGGACCGAUUUCCCGGUCAAUGCAGUCCAAGACGGUGCCAGUUCGUGGUCGCUUCCAGCCCCUGAUGGUAUGAGGGCACGAAGCUAUGUUCCACCUGUUGAGCCAAUGAACUAUCGCCGUCUCCUCGACAAGUCUGUGUCCUGUGACUGGAAGUACAUCGUGGACAAGAUUGUCUGCAACAAUGAUCAGCAAGCCAGCAUCUUCCUUCAGCAGAAACUCAAAGUGGGCACGGCAGAGCAGAAAUUCGAAAUCGUGGAUUCCAUUGUCAAUCAGGCAUAUCCCCUGAUGAUCAAUCGAUUUGGCAACUUUCUCGUCCAGCGAUGCUUUGAGCACGGCACCCCCGAGCAGGUUGUGGCGAUUGCUAAUGCUAUCCAUGGCCACGUGCUCUCUUUGAGCAUGGAUCCCUUUGGUUGCCACGUCGUUCAGAAAGCCUUCGAUUCCGUUCCGGAAGACCACAAGGCCGGCAUGGUCCGAGAAUUGCUUCGUCGGGUUCCUGACACCGUCAUUCAUCGCUACGCCUGUCACGUCUGGCAGAAGCUCUUCGAGCUCAGAUGGAGCGGCGAGCCACCACAGAUCAUGCUCAAGGUGAAUGAAGCACUGCGAGGCAUGUGGCAUGAAGUGGCCUUGGGCGAAACUGGGAGCCUGGUCGUUCAGAACAUCUUUGAGAAUUGCGUCGAAGAUGAGAAGCGCCCAGCCAUUGAAGAAGUCAUUGCCAACAUCGAUCUGAUUGCUCAUGGCCAAUUCGGUAAUUGGUGCGUUCAGCAUUUGUGUGAACAUGGUUCUCCGCCAGACAAGCGACGAGUCAUCGACCACAUUCUCGCCAACUCCUACAACUACAGCAUUGAUCAGUUCGCAUCGAAGGUUGUCGAGAAGUGUCUCAAGAUCGGGGGACCGGAGUUCCUGGAUCGAUACCUCGGAGUCAUCACUACCGCACAUCCUGAUCGUCCACGUAUUCCAUUAAUCGACAUUGCAGGCGACCAAUAUGGCAACUAUCUGAUCCAGUGGAUCUUGAUGAACACUCAUCAUCACCAGCGAGAGCAAGUCGCGAUCCACAUCCGCAAGCACAUGGUCUCCUUGCGUGGUUCAAAGUUUGGAUCUCGUGUUGCCAUGCUCUGCUGUAAUCCAAAUUCGGUCACUCGACCAGGUCCUGGCGCAGUUAUCAAUCCAUUCGGCGCUCCAGGUCAGCCACGUCAUCCAUGGCCUCGUUUCCGCUAG